CCCGUUGACGACUGCCCUCCCGCUGUCUUGUAAUCUCACGUUGUUCGCGACUUGAGCCCAAAUUCUACUUGCGCGCGCGCUUGUCCUUCUCCCGACCACCAGUGCGCUCCCCCCGCUUCCGCGACCUAGCCUAUAUCCCUGAACCAACAGAUGUCCGCACCGCGGUCAAUCCGAGACAUUGACGUUGUGCACUGAAGAGCAACAGGCGUAAGCCUCGCGGUAGUCGACGGCUCGGCCGUGCGUCUGGGACUUGGUGACGGAGGAGAGCCUGCCCGCUCUGGGCUUGUGGAGAAAGGCAGCGCCGUCUCUUCGCUCCGGAUAAGCAAGGGAUGCUUGGCUCUCUGUGAUGGAUCCAGAGAGCGUUGCAUUUACUCCCCGCGACGACUUGUGGCGUUUCCAAAGCGAGAUGCUCCGCGUCCAACAGAGCCAAGCUGAGCUUGCCGAUCGUGUCUCGCGACUGGAACGGAGGCAGGAGGAAGACUCACGGCUGAAAAAUGUCUGGGGUACUUCUUCCCCUUUCCCCUCUGUUCUGGGCGGAACUCCGCAGCAAGUUCCACUGCAACAGCCGACUGCAGAGCACUUCUCCAACUUCGACGACCAUUCAAGCAAUCUCAUCGGCAAUCUUCAGUUGGAUACCGACGAUGAACCCCGCCGUAUUGGAACUACGUCCCGCGCGAACAGCGUUCGGUUUGACGAAACUGCCAACCAUGGUCACUGGGCGCAUGCUUCCAGGUCGUCUCUGGAUCUGAUUCCCCGAACAGGAAGCGGCAUGGGAGGCCAUCUCAUGAGUGAGAGGAGCUAUUCACACAAGUCCGAUGGACGUCAAAGUUCAGCAGGCCAUUCCGUGCAUUCGGCAACGUCCGGACGAGCAAAUAGUUUGACAGGCUUCGGGCUCAAUACUCCACUGGAACCCCCUGGGCUAGCUCCUGGGCUUUUCAUUCUUGGCUCAGUUCCUGCUAUCAUCAGGUGCUGGCUCAAUACUAACUUCAAGCACGACUCUCUUUUGUAUGCUGCUGUCUGUAGUGGCUCUUAUGCUUCGUAUUUGGACCUUCGUCUCAUCAACAGCCUUGGCUUCGAGGACCAAAUUACCAAAAACAACAAUGGAAACAGGAAGAUCAAGCUUUCUGUCUACUUGCCGGAGGCUGUUCCAGUUUCAGCAUCGUCUCGUUCGAGUAGCCCGGCGCCUCAACUCCCUUUGUUGAGCGUCGACUUUACUGUCAUUGAGAGAGAUGAAGACAACCCGGAAUCGAAAGCUAUUCAGAUUUUUCUAGGGAGCGACUUGUUGCGGGCACACAACGGCGACAUUCUCUUUUCAACCAAUCAUCUCACCCUUUACGAUGAUGACCGGAGCAAACUGCAGAUCCCCCUGGUUCGCCCGGAAGACGAACGAACUUUCAAGUCUCUUUACGUCACGAGUGGGCCCCUGAGUUCAUUGAAGCAGGAGCAACCCCCUCAGAAGUCAUCAUCUGCCCCAUCCGAGGUGGGCACAGUGGGUGAGGGCUCUGUGGCAAGCUCUACGCUCGAACUCUCAGUAACUAGCGCAUCGAAAACUAGUGGUUUAACUGGAAUCGCAAAUUCUGAGGAUGGUGGAUCAACUGGACGUCAAAGUAUGGAGCAGCGCCCCUUUCUGGGCCUUUCCACAAUUCGUACCGAGCCGAAGGAAGGGGCGGAAUCUAGUCCAGCUAGCGCUGCCCCGCGCACAUCUCCAGCUAUUUGGAGUAACUGGCGACGUGACACUGAGAAGCCCGGCACCAUGGACUGGGCCAACGUGGGUAAACCCACAAGUUCCACGUACCAACGCCAGAACGCGGGCAUUAAAGUGUUGAAGCCCACGGCCAAAUCUGGUACCCGCACGCUUUCGAGUAGCGUUUCGCAAGCUUCGUCCCCAGCUGCGGCUGGCCAGUCCCGCUUCUUUGACGAAGGCCGCCGUAGGACAAGUAACGCGGGCGGAAGCGAGGCAGGCGAACCGCAGUUGAAGAGGUCGGCAUCUGGGGAGAAGGGGAAGGAAGCUCCGCCUAUGUUGACGAAGACGCGAUCCGCUAACCCUCGGAGGAUCGUGACCACCACCCCCUCCAGCGAGCCUACCAACGAUCCCAGCGCUGCACCGCAUUCGCAUUCACCGCAUGAGGGCAGUGGGUUAAGAUCCCCACGCUCGUCCCCGCUGCCCCCCUCCUCCACCAGCCUCAGAGCUUCAGCGUCUCCGCCGCGCUACCUCCCACCGCACAUGCACGACGAAGUCUUCGAAGCGACCCAAGACUCUGGGAGUCUUGCUCGAGACAUCAACGCCAGCGCGGCUAGUUCUCCAAGCGAAGCCUACGCCAACCUAACGCUCGAGAGCCGCGAGCACUGCGGCACCAUGGCCCAAGACUCAGAUACUGCCCCCCGUGCGAACAGCCUGUCAGAGCAACCGCUGUCCCGGCCGCCGCCCCGGUCGUCGUCCCCUGCCAAGCGCCUGCACUCCGAUAUGGACGACACCGGGAAGGAGAAGAUGGACGUGGACAGCCUCACGCCGAGCACGCGCCGAGGCAGCGGCCAGGGCAGUCCCCGACCUACGAAGCCCCUCCCCGCCGCCGCUCAGCGGGGCAUGCGGGCGACCUCAGUCGACAUGGUGGACGCUGCUGCCAAUGGCGAGAGCCUGUCGAGCUCCGAAUCAAACACUGCCUCCAACCCCGAGUCCACGGCAACAAGUCUCUCCGGCACUACCCCCGCGUCCGGGCAUCUACCUAGUCUCGAUGAACAAGUUACGAGGGUCUCCGCAAUCUGUUACAAGCCGCUUCAGGAGGGCCAGGAAGGUUAUGUUGUUUCCGAUCAGUGGUUGGGGCGAGUCUGGGCCCGGACCUCGGAGCAUAUCAGCAAAACGGAAGAGUUUCCAAAGUCUGCCAGGGAAGGAGACAUUGGACCUGUUGACAGUUCAGAUCUUCUUGACACAGCUGCUUUGCCCGAGGAAUUGGCUGACCAGAAUGGUGACGAAUUUGUGCCGCUACGCCCAGGACUCACCAUGGGCCAUAACUUCGAGAUUCUCCCAGCCGAAGCCUGGGAGUUAAUCAUGGGCUGGUAUGGUCUCAAGGAAGGUAAUCCAGUCAUCCGGCGGUAUGUCCAUAACACUGCCGUCGGAGAAUUCCAGGAAAACCUGCAAUACGAAGUAUAUCCUCCAAUCUUCACCAUUCGUAAGCUGCGUCGAUCAACAACCGAUGCCCAGACUCUGGCCGACUCAAAAAAACGGAGCCCAAAGGUAGUUGCAAGUAGGAGUGACAGUUACAUGCAGUUUCUGAAGGCUGCCAAACAGGCUGCGGGCGUUGACAUGAAACGCAAAGUCCAAGUAUGGAGAGUUCUGAAUACACCUGGCCCUACAGGGCCAGAGCCACAACAACCAUCUGGCAUGUUGACUCCCGACUCCUCACCCCGGAACGGCUCUCCAGUAGCGUCACCACCGCAGAGGCUAACGCCUCCUCUUCUUAUCGAUCUUGCCAGCUUUAACGAGCUUGCCGAAGGUACAGAGCGCGAAAUGGUGAGCAGUAAAGACGAAACUGCUAACGAGAAAUACAAUGGUCAUCUGACGCUCGGUGUGGUCGGCCUUGCAGAGGAUCAGGUCCUCAUUCUUGAGGAAGAUGAAAAGGGAGCUUUCGCUUCAGAGACGUCAAGAAAGGUUGGCAACAAGAACAAAACUGGCGGUAAGGGCAACAAGACCCAGCAAAGCAAUAGCAACAGUGGCCGAAAUAGUCCAGCCCUAUCGGGUCCGAUGACGAGAGGGAGGACUCGAAGUGGGAAGACGAGGGGUACCGUCGGCUUGACUAACCUGGGGAACACCUGCUACAUGAAUUCUGCGUUACAAUGCAUUCGUAGCGUGGAAGAACUGUCGUGGUACUUUUUGCAGGGUAACUACAAACACGAUCUCAAUGCAGAGAAUCCUCUCGGGCAUGCCGGUACUAUCGCAAAGUCAUAUGCUGGUCUCCUAGCAUCUAUUUACGAUGAAUCUGCCGUUUCCUCAUUCUCUCCCAAAAACUUCAAGUUGACACUUGGUCGAGCUCAGCCAUUGUUCUCCGGGUAUGGACAACAGGACUCUCAAGAAUUCCUCAGCUUCUUGGUUGAUGGGUUGCACGAAGACCUCAACCGGGUGAAGGAGAAGCCGUAUACUGAGAACCCUGAAUCGGACGACAAGACAGUCCAUGACCCUGAAGCCAUAAAGGCCUUGGGCGAGAAGUUUAGGGAGAUUCACCAUUCUCGCAAUGACUCUGUUGCAAUGGACCUGUUCAAUGGUUUUUACAAGAACACUAUGGUCUGCCCGGACUGCGACAAAGUCAGCAUUACCUUCGACCCUUAUAGCCUCCUCACUCUUCAAUUACCAAUUGAGCAAACUUGGCAACAUACCAUUACCUUCGUUCCGCUCUACGGCCCCAUGGUCAACAUCGAAGUUGACAUUGAUAAGAACGGUACAAUCAAAACCUUAAAAGAGUACAUUUCGAAACGCUUCCCUGGCACCAAGUGGAACCGUCUGAUGGGCGCCGAGGUUUACAGUCACAAAUUCUACCGGGUGCUAGACAACAACAAAUCCAUCGCAGAAUGCAACAUUGGCACGCGCGACGAUAUCUUCUUCUUUGAGCUUGAUAGCGUACCGACCAACUGGCCACCACCGAAGAAGCCCCACAAGUAUCGUUCCAUGAUAUUCCCGACCGCAUCUUCGGAGGAGGACAUUCCAAAUUCGGGGUCACCACUUGCGGAUAGAAUGCUCGUUCCAGUUUUCCAUCGAGCCCAGGGCAUGACUUCAUACCGACCCCAACAAUUCAGUCUCGUCCUGUGGCCUUCCUACAUUGUCGUUAACCGCGAGGAGGCCAAAGACUAUGACACUAUUCUAAGGAAAGUCAUUGCCAAAGUUGCGCAGAUGACCACUCGACCGAUCUUGGCAGAGUACAAUGGAAGUUAUGCUUCGCUCGAUCAGUCUCGGGCCGGCUCAGAUACAGUCCUAACUACCGAGGAGGAUGCUUCACCCAACGGCGAUCCUUGUGUUCAGGAUGGCUCCGUUGAGGGCGAGGAUAUGGUUGAGGUUACCAUGACUGAGCCCGCCGAAGCCUCCGCUAACCAUCCCAUGAGUGAAUCGAGCACCGGAACACAGGAUCAGCUUCCUGAGGUACUUCAACCAGGAGGGUUCAUCCCUCCCGAGUUCCGAGCCAUGUUUACAAUGAAGCAUACUCGCUCUGGAAAGGAGAUGGUACCGACCGGUUGGAACUCUGUUGAUCAUAAUAAGGCGUAUGAAGAGAUCGCAGCACGUGUCCGCCAACGACCCUCUCGCCAAUCUUCGGUGCAAUCACUCGAGGAGAAUAGCAACCCUUCGUCCAGCGAGGAGACUGAAGACAAUGCGGAAUUCUCGUUCAACGCUCAGAAUUCCCUCCAGGUCGCGGACCAAAGUAGUGAGGAAGAGAUGCAGUCCAUCGAAACACCGUCUGCAAGUUUUAACCGUGGUGGCCGACAAAAGAACAGCAAGAAGAACAGUCGGAAGAAUAAAAAGGCCGCGAAAACUUAUUCCAAGAAAGGUAAAGAUCGAUUCUUAGAACAGCCGUCACAGUCCUUCUCCGAGCCCGAAUCAGACGAUGAUGAGUCAUUGCUCCGUCUUGGUGAAGCUAUCGUCCUUGAGUGGAAUUCAGACGCCUACGAUGCGCUAUUUGACGGCACCAAUGAACAAGAUGUCCGGGGAAUGGAUACUCUCAAGUUCAUUGAGACGCUUAAAGACCCAGAGCUGCAAGCAAAGAAGGUCAGACGCGCUGCUCGAAAGAAGCAUGGUAUCACUCUUGAAGAGUGCUUUGCAGAAACAUCGAAGAGCGAGGUCUUGUCUGAGGAUAAUGCAUGGUUCUGCAAUCGAUGCAAGGAAUUCCGACGCGCCACAAAGACUCUUGAGAUUUGGACUGCUCCAGAUAUCCUGGUCGUUCACCUGAAGCGUUUCAGUGCUCAUCGUACUUUCCGUGAUAAGAUCGAAGCCCUGAUCGAUUUUCCAAUUGAAGGACUAGAUUUGAGCGGUAAAUUUGGCUUGCCCGAAGGGAAAGCGCUACUGUACGACCUGUUCGCCGUCGACAAUCAUUUCGGUGGACUGGGGGGAGGCCAUUACACGGCAUAUGCACAGAAUUUCUUUGACAAGAAGUGGUACAACUACAAUGAUUCCUCUGUAAACAUGGUCAAGGAUCCCCAGUCCGUCGUAACAUCCAACGCUUACCUACUCUUCUACCGCCGCCGCUCGUCCGGCCCUUUAGGGCCCCCCUACAUCCAAGAAAUCGUCAACGCAGUCAUGAACCCCGACUCUGAAGAAGCUGACGACUCAGACGCCACCAAUAGCCGCAACCCAUCACGCUCUCCGGCGGGAAACGGAUUGCGCCUCGGCGACUCGUCCCGCGAUGGGUCGUCGAGCGCUUUCAACGGAGCCGCAGCGGGAGCCCUGCUGAGAGGCGGUGGUUCAACUUCAGCAGGGAAUCAAGCAUCGAGAGGAGCAGGAGUCGGAAUGGCGGACGAUGAGGUCAUGCAUGAUGCGGAACAAGAGCAAGAACAAGAACAACCUCCGCCAUACGAUGAGGGCUAUGCGGAUGAUGAUGAAGGCUAUGGCCGUUGUGCCGUCAAUAUCGCAAGCACGUAUGAUCAUCUCUACCCCAGCCCUGGCUGGGGCUUCGGAGGUGUAGAUAACUCUGGCGUAGAACAGGUGGAUGUGGGCGAUGACGAGGAGGUGUAUGACGAGGAUGCGGCGUCAGCUGCGCCGAAUAUGGGGUCGAGAACUGGGGAUGAACUGGAUCAGCGUAUGUUGGAGGAUUUUGGCGAUGAGAUUGAGGAGGGGAUUGGGGAGGGGAUUAGGGCGAGAGAUAGUACACCGUUAUUAGAGGAAGUAGACGCCCCAGGUUUGAUGGAGGUGGGGAUUGAAGCGAGAGAUACCGUGGAUGAUCAGGUGGCAGAUGUCUUACUGGAUGAUGAUGAGGGACAGGGACAUGCUAAGAUGGAUUAGUCGGAGGUUAGAGUAGUGAUGUCUGGCCUGACACCUGGGGCUUGAUGAAUGUGUUGAGUGUGAUUAGACGGUGUAGGUAAGCUUGGUUGCAUGCAUGGGUACUCUUUUGCAUCGGUAGUCCAGACUAUAGGAUGGAUGCCCUUUUGAGAAGUAUCUCUCUCUCAACUUUUCUUUUGCACUCUUUGUACUCUCUAUUCUUCAUGCAUGCUCAGAGCAUCUUAGCUCGGCUUUCUCAUUAGACUAGAUAGGAGGUGGUGGUGAGAGAUAAGGGAUGGGCUAUAUAUACAGAUUUGAAAAGACGGGUAGAGGGUGGAAGGUACGUGGUGUGAUUUGGGCGUUGGUGAUUGCAUUGGU